AUGGCGGCCGCUGCCAUGCCUCCUCAUGGCAUUGCCCUUCAUGGGGCUCCGGAUGGCGACAUCGGAUCGAAAGAUGCUAAGCACUCACCCGUCCAGGCCAUGCAGCUCGAGAUGACCCAAGACAUGGUCGACGAGCUCCUGCAGAGCGUCAACUCGGGAAAUACUCCUCAAAUAAUAUUCGGACGAACUCCUCAACUCAAGUACGGCGAUAAAACCCACGUAUUGAACUCCACCCCCGAGGCCUACCGCUACGAGUUAUACCGUUCCGACGGCAGCGAGAACGAUGACGACCUGGAAUUCGCCGGACUCAUCAACCACAGUCUCGCUGUGCAGAAGGCCGAGGAUGUCAUGGGAGGCGUCGACACCGCUCUGGAGCAGCUGAAGAACAGCAUGGCGGCAAUGGCCGAGCUCAAGGAAGCCAACAAGACUAUUGUUGGUGAUGCUGCAACCUCACGCAACCCCGGCCAUCGUCGUUUGCCCUCGAAGAGCCUCAACAAGUCGCAACUCCUCACACCCUCCUCCGCCGCUUCGCCCUUGCCCAAGGCACCGACCUCGCAGCCUUCCGGCAAUCACCACCUCGUCCUGCGGGCACUUCGCACUCCUCUCAUCCACCUUCUCGCCGUCCAACCCUCCAAAGAUACCUACCUCGCCGAGACAUGUCGGACUUCGGUCGCUAACAUACGAGAGGUCCUGCCCAAGAUUGCCAGGCCCAUGCCGGAUGACAAAGAGAGGUGGCAGCUCGUUGACAAGUCAUUGUGCGAGCUGAAUCCCUGGAAGUUCACCUACAGGAAUUCCGACGACCGAGAGAAGGCCAUUGAGUCCGCCAUCAAGUCGUUCGACCGACUUCGUACACCAAAGGACGACAAGCUCUGGCAGAUCUUGCUGCCCGUACAAGAACGGGGCCAGGGCAAGUGCCUGUCCCGACUUAACCUCAAAGCACCCGAGCAGAAGGAUCGAAAGCCCUCCACUCCCGUGCACAAGAUGACCAAGAACUCGGACAAGAAGACCAAUGCGAAGAAGCCGGAAGACAAAGAUGCAGAGAAGAAGGUGAAGGAGGGCAAGGAUACUCCUGAAGUGAAGCCGAAGAAGGUGGUGAGGGAGAAGCCUACCGCGACACCCAAGACCGCUACACCUGCAAAUCGCAACACACCCACCAUGAACGCCACGAAGAUUCGCACCAAGAAGCCUGCGCCUGCUGGCGAGGGCGCUUCGCCUCGCGUUCGACCUCAAGCUUCUGCCAGGGACCUUUCCCAACGGGAACGCAACUACAGGCCGCCGCCCAAGCCUGCCGUCAACACCAAGCCAAAGAACCCGUCGCCACUCUCGGCCUCUCCUCCCGUCAACGCCAGCGACUUCGAGGACAGCCAUCCGGUCCACAAGAAACUCUCUGCCGCUCCCUCCCCUGCGAAGCCUUCCUCUGGCAAUUCCGAUCGUACCCUCAAGCGUAAGGCGAAUGACAUCGACAGCGACAUUCACAACCACAAUCUCUCCGUCAAGUCGGCCCGCACCGAUCGCCCUACACCCUCCCAGACCCCGUCGAGCACCAGUGGCCGCCUGAGUGGCAAUACACCCUCCUCCACCAGCUCACUCAAGCGCAAGAGCGACGAUUCAUCCACCUCGAACACGCCGACGAACAAGAUCCGCAAGUUCACGAACAUCGACACCGGCCUUGCUUCGCGGUACCAAGGGCACAACAGCCAAAUCUCCCCUGGCGAUUCGUCCUCGUCCGGCACCUCACCCACCCUUCCAAGCCUGAGCUUCCGACAGACCGUCGAGCUCAGCCAAAAGUUCCAAAAGUACUACAAGCGAUAUGAAGAGCUGUACUGGCAGCUAGCAGACGCCACUUCGCCUCCCACCGAGUCCCAGCGAAACGAACUGAUGAGGAUGCAUAAGAAGCUGGAAGAGAUGAAGCGCGAGAUCAAGACCGGCGCUGGUCUCAGCCGGUGA